AUGCGAGUCGACGACGACGCGGCGAUGACCGUUGCGGGGACAUGCAUGCCUGCGCGUGCGCCGACGGCGGAUACGGAAGUUGCGACCUGGGGGACUGCGGGCGUGACGGCCGCGCGGGACACGGAUUUGGGGCUGCGGGGAACGGGGCGAAGGGGAAGCAGCGACGGGCUGGGGCUGACGUCGCUGGUUGUGUUUCAAGAUCGCUUUUCGCCAAUUAUCUUUUUCUCGAUCCACCUACAUCAAGUAUCGCCGAACCACUUCGUCUCCACGCAACUUAACUUCAUCCUCCCUAUAAGCUCGCCCGGUUCCCCCGACGGCCGGCCGACCUUCACGUGCCUGCCGACCGACACGGAAUCGGAUCCCGACUCCAACCCUGACCUGCACCGAGUGCCGGCGCUACUCCAGGACGUGCUUCACAUACAUUCAGCCCUGAGCACUGGCGGCACACGUGGAGCGCGCGUGUGGGUGCAACCGCAGUUGGCUGCUCCUGCUGCUGAUGGUCAUGAGGAUGCUGAUGCUGGUGGUGCUGAUGCUGACUUAGCUGCAGCUGAGGAUUGUGAUGGGGAUUUCGACAGUAAAGGCGAUGGCAGUGGCAAUGACAAUGGGCAUGGGGAUGGGGAUGCUGAUUCUGAUACGGACGCUGACGCUGAUGCUGAUAUUUAUGGGGGUGCUGUUGCUGAGGCCGAUCGUGGUAAUGAUGCUUCUACGAUUUCUCCCGGUCCUCCUGCUGAUGCUCGUGAUGCUGCUGAUGCUCGUGAUGCUGCUGAUGCUGCCGCUGCUGCUGCUGUAGAUGCUUUUGAUUGCACUGCUGCUACUGCUGGUGUACCCAUGGAGACUGACUGUGCGGCAACUCGCACCCAUGCCUCUGCCAACGACCCAGCACAAGACGCUAACACCACCGCCGCCACUGCUUCUCCUGCUCCUUCUGCUGCCACCAACACCACCACUGCAGCUGUUGCUCCUGCUGCUCCUGCUGCGAUGGUGGCAGCAGCUGGACCUGCUUUAGCUGGUGGCAUCACCAGCAGCAGCACUGGAGGCAUGGAGAUGGAUUUGGUUCCUGCUGCUCCACACAAAGAUACUCAAGCAGAAGUACCACAAGGGAAGACCCCGGAGGAAGGGCAGGAGGAAAUACCAGCGAUGGUACCAGCAGAUGAUAUGGGGAUAUCAGAGGUUGGGGAUUUGAAAGCGGCGAAUAGGAUGAGGUGCGAGAUGACGUAUGAGGCGCAGCAGGAGUUGACGUUUCAUGGAGAUAUGCGGAUGGAGGUGCAGGAGGUGGUACACGUGGAGAUGCACGAGGAGGUUCGGGAAGAGGCUCAGGAGGACGUUCGGCACCAAACGUCCUCGUGUUCUCCUCCUGCUCUUUUCCCCAUGCCUUCUCGCCACCUUGUUCCCUCCCCUGCCACUGCCACUGCCCCUGCCCCUGCCACUGCCGCUGCCGCUACAACGGCUGCUGUCCCCACAGCAACCACCACCACCGGCACCACUACCACCAACGUUACUGCUCCUGCUCCUGCUGCUCUGCCCAUUGAUCUUGCGAACCAAGAUUGCUGUCACUCGCGUCCUUGCAUGAGGCUCUCACUUCCUGUACCCCUUGCUCCAGCUCGCCGCCCUGCUCCGCCUCCUGCCGCGACUCUUCCUCCUGCUCCUGCCGCUGCUCCUGCCCCUGCUCUUGCCCCUGCUCCUGCUCCUGCUACCACCUGGAUCGGCAUGAACAGCAAUCAUAUUCGUCGGAGCACCUCCCUCCCCUGUCUCGCCCCCAUGCAACCCCCGAGUGCCUUAACAUCAACAUCAACCCUGGCCUUCCCCCGAGCCACCAGCAGCAGCCUCGGGAGCUGCUCGCCCGAGACUAGUGUGAAGCCUGGGCCCGAGGCUGUGACUCCAGGCUCGGCGGAGGAGCCGUUGCAGAGGAAACGGAGGCCGACUAUUGAGAAGAUUGCACUGUUGGAAGGAAGCCCUGUGAAGAGCCCUAGAAGGCGCCUUUUCCUGCUUGAAAGACGGACAGCAGCAGCAGCUGCUGCGUCUGCUGCAUCUGCUGCUGCUGCUCCCGUUCCCUCUCGCACCCCUGCUGCUGCGACGGCUCCUGCUGCUGCUGCUGCUGCUGCUGCUCCUUCUGCUGCAGCUGUCGCUGGAGCACAGAGGGAGGGCUUCACAGGAGUGAGAGGCGAGGGCCCGGACUAUGCGACCAACUAUACAGGGGUGUUUGGAACCAUUCAGAGGCCUUGCACCAUAGCCAGCGCUCCUCCUGCUGGCUCUCCUUCUGCUGCUUCUGCUGCUGCUGCUGCCGCUGCUGCUGCUGCUGCCAGUGUUCCCUAUGCUCCUGGUUCCCCUGCUACUCUCUCCCGUCGAUCCAAGCUUGCUCCCAGCGGCCGACGCAGCCGCCCGAGUCUACGAGUCGAAAUACCCCCAGUCAGAUGGGCUAAUCUGGGACCGCCCCCGCUGCCCCCCGCCCUCUCUCCGCCUCUGAGGCAAGUCGUGUCACUGGAAACGGAAAGAAAGGAGGGAGGGGAAGGAGGAAGGGAGGGAGGAGAGGGGUCGGGGAGGGGAGGGGAGAGCAGAGGGGAGAUUAUGAGGAGGCGAGUGAAGGCGAGGACUCCUGGUGGGUCGUUGUUCCGUGGGGUGAGCAGUGGUAUAGAUGGAAAUCUGUGGCUGAGGCCUCAUAAGGAGGGAGAGGAGGGGGAGGUGGGGGAGGAGGUGGGUGGGGAGGAAGAGGAAGGGGAGGAGGGGGAGGAGGAGGGAAGGAGGGGGAAAGGGGAGGGGAUGGAUGUGGAGGCUGUGUUGGCUAGUGUGGAAGCUUCGUUGAGAGAAGGAAGCGUGGUGGGGGGAAGGGGAACGGGCGAGAAGGGUGGGGAUGGUGAGGGGAAGGAAACACAGGGAGGCAGCAGAAUGAGGAGCGUCGAUGAGAGAUCUGCUGAUGAGAGGAGUGAAGCAGUGGGACAGUUGAACAGCGGCCGUAAGAGAAGCAAUGGCGACUCAAACGCUGAUGGGUUUCUGUCUUCAGGCCUUGAUAGCAGCGGCAGGAUGAACAGUACUGAUGAUGUUACACCGGCUCUUCCUUCGGCUGCUGCUCCUGCUGCUCCGCCCGCUCCUCUUCCUCCCACUCCUACUCCUGCCGCUCCUCCCGCCGCUACUGCAGCAUCGUGCAUCUCCCAUACUGCUCCAUUCAACGCCUCGCAACCAUUCCCCCGUCCGCUCACCCAAUUCCCGACCACUUUCCCUCAAUCCCCCUCGCUUUCCGCCCCUCUCCCAUCUCAACCCAUGUUCUCUGGACCAAGACCCUUUGUCUUCCCCCCAACCACUUCUGCUUCUGCUGCUGUUGCUGCUGCGCUUACCCAUUCCUCCUCAUCCACCCGUCUCUCCUCCGCUUCUCUCCCGUCCCCCCCGCACUCAGCCAAUACUGUUCGUCCCUAUUCUGCCUUCCCUGCUGCCUCCUUCCCUCCUUCCACUUUCCUUUCCUCCUCGUAUCCUCCCUCAACCUUCCAUCCCCCCUCCUUCCAUUCCUCCUCCCUCCCUCCGUCCCCCUUCCCAUCCGCUCUCUCCCCUUCCACUUUCUCCUCCUCCCCCUUCUCCCACUCCCCCUUCUCCCCCUCCCCUUUCUCCCCCUCUCCUUUCUCUUCCUCCACGCUCUCGUCCUCCCAUGUCUCUCUCCUCCCCCCGUCCGCUUCUCGUUUCCGCCCCUCCUUUUAUUCCAAUUCCCGCCCACCUAGCCCCAACACCCAUUUGAAUACCCCUCUCCUCCCUCCUCCUCGUAAUAUGAUGCACAUGCUUCCAAUGUAUACUCCGUCACCUCCUCCAUCCACUGCUGCUGCUGCUGCUGCUGCUGCUGCUGCUUCUGCUGCAGUUGCUGCUGCUGCGACUGGUGGUGGUUUGACUGCUUCUCAUCCCAACGCUGCUGUGGCUGCUGGUGCCGCGAAUACUGCUGCUGCCGCCACUGCUGCUGCUGCUGCUGCUGCUGCCGCUGCUGCGGCUUCCUCUCCUUCCUCCUCUUAUUUCUCCGAGUCUCCUUGUGCAACCAACGCUACUGGCUCUGCUGCUGCUGCUGCUGCUGCUGUUGCAGGGCUCGAUUCUGCUGCCGAUGUGUCAUCGCAGCUGCAGCAGCAACAGGAGGAGGAGGAGGAGGAGGAGGAGGAGGAGGAGGAGGAGGAGGAGGAGGAGGAGGAGGAGGAGGAGGAGGAGGAGGAGGAGGAGGAGGAGGAGGAGGAGCAGCAGCAGCAGCAGCAGCAGCAGCAGCAGCAGCAGCAGGAACUGCAGGACCUUCAGGUGGGGAACAAGGUGGAGGGGUUGGAGACGGUGGAGACUGGUGCAAUCAACGAGGAGAUGGGUGGUGCUGCUGGGGUUGGGAGCGGUGGUGCUGGGGUUACGAGCGGUGGUGGGGGCGAGGCGGCGGGAGGGAGCGGUGCGAUUGAUGGGGUGCUGAGGCGGUCCCUACGGUCGCCGUCAGAGCGGUUGAAUGAGAUGCAGUUGGACGAGCUCUCUCAGUAUUUCCGCAUGAGCAUUCAGAACGCGGCGCGUGUGCUGGGGGUGGGGUUGACCGUACUCAAGAAGCGUUGCCGUGAGCUCGGCAUACAGCGAUGGCCGCACCGCAAGCUCAAGUCCCUCGACAACCUUAUAGAGAACAUGAAGGAGAUUCACGGGCCGAUGGCGGCAGAAACAGUGGAGCAGCUGGAAGCGAAGAAGGAGCUGCUGGGGAAGGACCCGAAGCAGGGGCUGGACCCGCGCAUCAAGACGCUCAGGCAGGUCUGCUUCAAGGCCAGCUACAAACGCCGCAAGGCGCACACUGGGUCUUCGCUCAAGGCGCUUCAGGGGGAGAUGUUGGCCGGGGAAAUGAAGGAGAGGGGUGGGGGGGGGAUGGUGGGGGGAGGGGAAGGGUUGCGGGGUGGUGGGGAGGAAGGGAUGGGGGGAAUGGUGGAGGGAGGUGGAGAGUUACAAUUGCGGGGUGGUGGGGAGGAAGGGAUGGGGGGAAUGGUGGAGGGAGGUGGAGAGUGUGGGAUGGAGAUGUAA